AGCUUCUUAUAAAUUCUUCAACAAUAAUUAAUUAACCUAUACUUCCUUAUAAUAAUAUUUUUGUAAGAAAAAAUAAAAUGGGUAUUAUUGAUCAUAUAUCAGAUAUGUUUGAGGUUACAAGUAUUAGGAAGAGCAAACGUAAACCAAUGCAGACAGUUGAAAUUAAGGUGAAAAUGGAUUGUGAUGGAUGUGAAAGGAAGGUUACUAAUGCAGUUUCAUCUAUUAAAGGUGUGAAAUCAGUGGAUGUAAGUAGAAAGCAAAGCAAAGUAACAGUAAGUGGUUAUAUUGAACCAAAAAAGGUGUUAAAAAGGGUGCAAAAUACAGGAAAAAAGGCAGAAUUUUGGCCAUAUGUUGAAUAUAAUUUGGUGUCAUAUCCAUAUGCAAUAGGUGCUUAUGACAAAAAGGCACCCUCUGGCUAUGUAAGGGAUGUUCCACAAGCUUUUCAAACACCAAAUACCCCUACUCAAAGGCUUACCUCGAUGUUUAGUGAUGAAAAUCCUAAUGCUUGUCAAAUCAUGUGAUCAUAUAUAUAUAUAUUAUAGCAUGCACCAACAUGGGUUGUGGUGUUAGUGGCGGGACUGUUCCAUUCUUAUUCAGAAAUUUCGGAUUUAAGUGCAUAAUUCGGAUUUAGUCAGAACUUCAAUGCGGACUCCAAAUUUCAGGUAGGUGGGAAAAUAUAUAUAUAUAUAUAUAUAUGCACUAGAAUUUGUAUUUUGAAAUAUAGUGGGAGUACUAAAAUUUUGGUCUUAGGCUAGUUAUAAAGCAAAAAAGUUUGUGCUAGUUAGAUGUUUGUUGUGUCUCACAAAUUUUUU